CCUAUAUGGCUCAAAGCCUACUCGUUGGAGUAUCUGACAAUUUUACAAUCCUCGAUAAGAUGCUCUAAACCAGCAAACACACAAAAUAAAAGCACAACACAACAUUACCAAUUUUCUUACGCAAACAGAAAAAAAAGAAAAAAGUAACACCUUUUAUGCCUUAAUUUCUUCCCGCAUUUCUUUUUCUUUCCUUUCUCCCUUCUUCUUCUUCAUCUAUCACCAUGGCUGACCCGAAUUCAUCAUCACCCAAUACCACUUUCGUUCAAGCCGACCCGUCUAACUUCCGGGCCGUUGUCCAAAGGCUCACCGGAGCAACCCAAGAUUCUUCCACCUUGAAGCUCCCUGUAACUGGGCCUGGGCCGGCUGGGCCACGGCGGCCCACUUUCAAGCUCCAUGAGAGGAGGCAAAGUGCGAGAAAGCUUGAGAUCAUGCUCAACAAUGGAGGUGGUAGUGGUAGCUUUAAUGGGACUAAUAUGGUGGGCCCACUUUCUUCUUCGCCUUCAUCAACUAGGAAGAGGAGUUUUUUGGCUUCCCCAAUUUCACCAUUGGAAAUGCUGACACGUGGAAGUCCGAGAUCGCCGAUGGAGGAAGAAGAGAAAGCUAUUGCUGAGAAAGGAUUUUAUUUGCAUCCAAGUCCAUUAAGUACUCCGAGAGGAUCUGAACCACCUGAACUAUUGCCUUUGUUUCCACUUCAGUCCCCAACUGCUAGAAACGAUUCAUCGUCUACUUAAUUAAUCAGUAAUUAGUGCUGUGUUAUUUAUGAAUAUAUUUAAUUAUAUGAAAGACAUUGAUCAUGAAUGUGGAGAAUGAUCUUGGUACAGACUUGAUGUGAUCAGAUGUUUUGAAAUUAUAUGUGUGGUACGUACCAGUUAUGUCUCUC